UCUCUCUCUGCUACACACAUGAAACACAGCCCUCUCUCUCUGCUACACACAUGAAACACCUCUACCAGUGUGCUUUUAGCUGCUAACCCUUUAACUCUUCUGAUGGUCCAAUCAGGAACCAAAGAACACAAUGGGUGCAUGAUUACACUCCAACACAAUAACUAUUAACAUGUGACAGUGUAAAUGUACACACACAUCACUAUUUACUCAUGACGUGUGCAUGUGGCUGUGUUUGUGUGUGUGUGUGUGUGUGUUUGUGUGUGUGUGUGUGUGCGUGAGAACAGGCUACAGAAGGAGAGUUGCAGCCCAUGACAGAAGUGGACCUGUUUAUCUCCACUCAGAGGAUCAAGGUGCUGAACGCCGACUCCCAGGACAUCAUGAUGGACCACCCCCUCAGGACCAUCUCCUACAUCGCUGACAUCGGCAACAUCGUGGUUUUGAUGGCCCGCCGCCGCAUGCCCCGCCCCGACGGCCCUGACAGCGCCGAGGAGGCGGAGCCAGCGCAGGAGGAGAAACGGCAGUACAAGAUGAUCUGCCACGUGUUCGAGUCUGAGGACGCUCAGCUCAUAGCUCAGUCCAUCGGCCAGGCGUUCAGUGUAGCCUACCAGGAGUUCCUGAGAGCCAAUGGGAUCAACCCUGAGGACCUGAGCCAGAAGGAGUACAGUGACCUGCUCAACACCCAGGACAUGUACAACGAUGACCUGGUCCACUUCUCCAAAUCUGAGAACUGCAAAGAUGUGUACAUAGAGAAGGCCAAGGGAGAGAUUCUGGGCGUUGUGAUCGUGGAGAGUGGGUGGGGCUCCAUCUUGCCCACUGUCAUCAUUGCCAACAUGAUGCAUGCUGGGCCGGCAGAAAAGUCCGGCCGUCUGAACAUCGGGGACCAGAUUAUGUCCAUCAAUGGGACCAGCCUGGUGGGUCUCCCCCUCAACACCUGCCAGAGCAUCAUCAAGGGUCUGAAGAGCCAAGCUCGUAUCCAGCUUAACAUCGUCCGCUGUCCCCCGGUGACCACGGUCCUCAUCCGCCGCCCAGACCUCCGCUACCAGCUGGGCUUCAGCGUGCAGAACGGCAUUAUCUGCAGCCUUAUGAGGGGGGGCAUCGCCGAGAGGGGCGGGGUCAGGGUGGGCCACCGCAUCAUUGAGAUAAACAGCCAGAGUGUGGUAGCCACGCCCCACGAGAAGAUCGUCCACAUCCUGUCGAAUGCCGUGGGAGAGAUACACAUGAAGACGAUGCCAGCAGCCAUGUACCGGCUGCUCACUGCCCAGGAGCAACCAGUUUACAUCUGAAUGACUUAACCCUGACCUUUCAACUUUGAGUCCUUGUAAAAACCCUCCCAACAGCCCCCCCCCCCUCC